AAAUUAUUGAAUUCCCAAUCUUAAAGCUGAAUGGACAGACUAUGGAGAUCGAAUCGAUAUUUCAAACGUAUAUGGAGCCGGUCUACAACCCUCAGCUCACACCCUUCUGUACACAGUUGAUCGGAAUCAUUCAGUCCAUGGUUGAAGGGCAGCCCACACUCCAACAAGCCCUGCAGAUGGUGGCUGAAUGGAUGGAUUAUGAAGAUCUGCCAAAUCCAGAUGUCAGCUCAGUGUUUGUAAUUUGUGGCGACUGGGACCUCAAAACAAUGCUGCCAGGACAAUGCCAGCACUUAGGACUGCAGGCUCCUGAUUACUUCAAGCAGUGGAUUAAUCUCAAAAAGAUGUACAGCUUUGUGAUAGGGAGCUGGCCAAAGAGUGGGCUGCCUGCCAUCCAGGAGGGACUGAGCUGGAGACAGGAGGGGAGGCUGCACAGUGGCAUUGAUGAUUGCAGGAACGUCGCCAACAUCAUGAAGGAGAUGGCCCGACUCUGA